GAGACAGUGUUGUUGGUGCCAUACAAAGGCAGCAUCUUUGCACUUGCAAACAUGGUGGCGGUGAGGAGGAGACGAGUGAGGAAGAGGAAACAGGAAAUGUUGGGAUUUCCUCUGGACGUGAGGUGUUUUUCCUCUGUGUGGGAUCGAGUCCUGCAGAGAAGCUGCAGAGGCUCAGCGAGCACAUUCUCCUCAGUUCAAAACCUUCUUUCCCACACUUUUUUUCUGAGGUACACCUCCAAGAUUUCCUGACAUUUUUUGCCCAUCUUGCCUCUCCCAAAUCCCGGCUGGUGAUGUGACAACUGUCACUCGGAAAACUUGGACCGUAUUUAGCAUCCCCCCGGUCAGGCCUCACUUGAGGUUCUUACAGCAUGUUGCGUUGUGUUGUUCAGCGGGCCAACAACUUGCGGCACUCCGACCCCCUGGCCAGUGUCAGCUUUCGAGGCUCUAAGAAGAAGACCAAGGUCAUCAAGAACAACCCCAAUCCUGUUUGGAACGAGGGGUUCGAAUGGGACCUGAAGGGGGUCCCUUUGGACUCAGGGGCUGAGCUGCACUGUGUGGUGAAGGACCAUGAGAAGAUGGGGAGGAACAGGUUUCUUGGGGAAAGUCGACUUUCUGUCAGAGACGUGCUGAGCUCUCCCAACAUGGCCGCCUCCUUCACUGUCUCUCUAUUGGACACCAAGAGGAACAAUACGGGAGCCACACUCACCUUGCAGGUGUCCUACAUCCCUCCUCCCGGGUCAGCUCCUGUCUUCCAAUCUCCGUCCCUGCCUGAGGUCCUCCCGCACAGCAACCCCAAUGUGGAGCUGGACACUGUAACAAUGAUCUCCCUGGACACUCUUGGUGAGGAGGACACAGAGAGCAUGAUCAUGUUGGAGGUCCCUGAGGACCAGGUUGCGGACGAUGGACGCUCCAUGGUGGUGGUCGGCCCCCAGGGGCCUCAGGGAAAGGAGUCGCCUGCCGCCCAGACCCCCAAACGCUCGCCUCCGUCCUACAACACCCACGGGGGGCUGAAGAAGAGGAGGAGGGGCGCCAGUGGUCAGACCAAACCUCUUUCCAAUAAGCCUCAGGACAUUCAGGUUCGCGUGCGAGUCAUCGCGGCGCGACAGCUGCCGGGCGUCAACAUCAACCCUGUUGUCAAGGUGACGGUGGCUGGACAGAGCAGGAGGACACGCAUCCGCAAGGGCAACAACCCGACCUUUGAUGAGACUUUCUUCCUGAACUUCUUCGAGACGCCAUCUGACUUGUUUGAUGAAGCCAUUUUCAUCACGGUGUGUGACUCGCGCUCCCUCAGGACGGACGCCAUGAUCGGACAGUUCAAGCUUGACGUGGGCGGCGUCUACAACGAGCACCGACACUGCUACUUGAGGAAAUGGCUGCUCCUCUGUGACCCUGAUGACCUGUCUGCUGGGGUUAGAGGCUACCUGAAAGUCAGCCUUUGGGUGCUGGCUGCUGGAGAUGAGCCACCGGCGGACAAGCGCGAGUGUGUGGAGGACAAGGAGGACAUUGAGGGGAACCUGCUGCGACCGGCCGGUCUGACCCUCAGAGGAGCAUCCUUCACCUUGAGGGUCUUCAGAGCGGAGGACCUUCCCCAGAUGGACGAUGCCUUCAUGGAUGGCAUGAGGCAGAUUUUUGGCUUUGACAGCAAUAGGAAGAACCUGGUGGAUCCCCUGGUGGAGAUCCACUUUGCUGGCAAAACAAUCUGCACCAAGGUUCUGGAGAAGAAUGCCAAUCCACAGUGGCACCAGAGUCUUACAAUGCCAAUCAGGUUUCCUUCCAUGUGUGAGAAGAUGAGGAUCAGAAUUCUUGACUGGGACCGGGCCAGUCACAAUGAUGUCAUUGGCACCGCCCACCUCUGUAUGUCCAAGAUCUCAGCUCCAGGAGGAGAGCUGGAGGACGAUUUGACUCCGCGCAGCGUCCACUCUGGCAUGGAUGACACGCUUGGCUUCCUGCCCACGUUUGGUCCGUGUUUUGUCAACUUCUACGGCAGUCCCCGAGAGUUCAGCACCUUCAACGACCCUCACGAAGCCUUGAACCUGGGCAAAGGGGAGGGCGUGGCUUACCGAGGUCGGGUUUUACUGGAAUUGACCACGAAGCUGGUGGACAAGCCGGAGCAUAAAACGGAAGACAUUCCGUCAGAUGAUCUGCUGGUGGCUGAGAAGUUUCUCAGGAAGAGGAAGUUCUCUCUCUUUGUGGCGUUCUAUUCGGCCACGCUCCUCCAGGAUGUCGACGAUGCCGUCCAGUUUGAGGUCAGCAUCGGCAACUACGGCAACAAGUUUGACUACAGCUGCCUCCCUCUGGCCUCCACCACACAGUUCAGCAGGGCCGUAUUUGAUGGUUGCCAUUACUAUUACCUCCCCUGGGGAAAUGUGAAGCCAGUGGUGGUCCUGUCCUCUGCGUGGGAAGAUAUCGCUCCGAGGAUAGAGGCUCUCAACAUGCUGCUGGCUGUCCUUGACAGACUGGAGGCCAACCUGCAGCGGGUGCAACUGGAAGUGAAGUCAGGGAGCGACAUGGACGAGUUGGAGCUGCGAGUGAUGGAGAUGUUGGAUCAGGUGAUCACAGACUGCAGUCAGGAGCUGCCGUCUCUUCGGCGUUGGCCGUGUGCGACCCCUCUGGACCGCUCACUGCAACACAUUCGCACUCUGCACCUGCAGCAGAUUGUCGCAGGAGCACUGGCCCUCAAGCAUGGGCCAGCCACGGAGCUUUCGACCGUCAUGGAGCAGGCGGAGGACUGGGCCAGCCGGCUAAGGAGUUUGGCUGAGGAGCCUCAGAACAGUCUCCCUGACAUCGUGAUAUGGAUGCUGCAGGGAGAGCGAAGGGUGGCAUACCAUCGCAUUCCAGCACACAGUGUCCUCUUCUCUGAGCGACACUGUGGCAAACACUGUGGGCAGUUACAGACCGUCUUCCUCAAAUAUCCACAAGGGGGCAGCGGAGAGGCCAAGCUUCCUGGUCAGCUCAGGGUCAAAGUGUGGUUCGGACUGGCUGCAGACGACAAACACUUCAACCAGUGCGCUGAAGGAAAACUGUCAGUGUUCGCAGAGACGUACGAAAACCAGACCCGGCUCGCCCUAGUGGGCAAUUGGGGUACUGCAGGCCUCACCUGUCCUAAGUUCAGCGACGUGACGGGAAGGGUGAAACUGCCCAAGGACAGUUUCAAACCCUCACCUGGCUGGACCUGGGCCGGAGACUGGUACAUCAGCCCUGAGAGGACACUGCUAUUUGACGUGGACGCCGGCCACAUGACCUUCACAGAGGAAGUCUUUGAAAACCAUAUGAGGUUACCUGGUGGACAGUGGAUCGGCAUGCCUGAGGGAUACACUGAUGUGAAUGGCGAAAAAGCAGUGCCAAAAGACGAGGUGGAGUGUCCUCCGGGCUGGGUGUGGGAGGAGCCUGAGUGGAGCGAAGAUCUCAACAGGGGCGUAGAUGAUCAAGGCUGGGAGUACGGCAUCACCAUCCCACCGGAUCGCCGGCCCAAGUCAUGGGUCCCUGCUGAGAAGAUGUACCACACCAACCGUCGGAGGCGAUGGAUACGCUUGAGAAGGCGGGACCAAAAGAAGAUGGAUGCUCUCAGAAAGCAGCAUCCAGACGAGGCGGAGCGGGAGGGCUGGGAGUACACCUCGCUGUUCGGCUGGAGGUUUCACCUGAAGCCAAGGAAGACGGACAGCUUUCGGCGGCGCAGGUGGAGGUGUCGCAUGGAGCCCCUGGAGAAGACGGGACCGGCAGCCAUCUUUGCUCUGGAGUGCUCACUGAGCAGCAUAGAAGACAAACAUGAUGACAAGUCUGUCACCACCACCUUUGGAGUCAACAGACCCACGAUUUCCUGUUUCUUUGAGCGUGGAACCCGCUACCACCUGCGCUGCUACUUGUAUCAAGCUAGAGACCUGCUGGCCAUGGACAAGGACAGCUUCUCUGAUCCCUACGCCAUUGUGUCUUUCCUCCAUCAGUCCCAGAAGACAGUGACGGUGCGUAACACCCUGAACCCUACCUGGGACCAGACGCUCAUCUUCUACGAGGUGGAGAUUUUUGGGGACCCCGAGGCCACGAUUGCCAGCCCUCCCCAUGUGGUGGUGGAACUUUAUGACCAGGACACAUAUGGGGCAGAUGAGUUCAUGGGUCGUUGUGUGUGCUCGCCCUCGCUGACCCGCUCGCCUCGCCUGGCCUGGUUCCCUAUCCGCCUUGGCGAGAAGGACGCUGGCGAACUGUUGGCAGCAUUUGAGCUCAUACACAGGGAGAAGCCAGUAGUUCACCACAUUCCAGGUCAAGAGGCUGACGUCGUAACCUCCAGGCAUGUUCUGGAUGAGUUGAUGUUCCCAGGAUUCCCCAGUGAGAACCUGCAGCAAUGGCCGGAUGAGUCAGAUCUUCCGUGCCCCCCGCCACAGAGGGAGCCCAAUGUCUUCAUGGUGCCUCAGGGAAUCAAACCUGUCCUGCAGAGAACCGCCAUCGAGGUGUUGGCGUGGGGCGUCCGCAACCUGAAGAGCUUCCAGCUAGCCAGCGUCACCUCGCCCAGCCUGCAGGUGGAGUGCGGCGGCACCACGGUCCAAAGCUGCGUUAUCCGCAGCGUGAAGAAGAAGGCCAACUUUGACAUCAACACACUCUUCCUUGACGUGAGACUCCCCCUGAUGGAGCUCUACAUGCCCCCCAUUGUCAUCAAAGUUAUUGACAACCGUCAGUUUGGCAGGAAGCCCGUGGUGGGCCAGUGCACCAUCCGCUGCCUGGAGGAGUACCGAUGCUUCCCCGAGGAUGAGGACAGGGAUCAGGAGGAGGCGGAUGGAGGUAAAGGUCAGAUGCCCCGCAUGGUCAGUGGCGAUGCCUUCAUCGCCGUGGACGACGAGGAGCCGCUAAUCUUGCAUCAGCUUGCAGACGGAGCCACUUCCGCUAUCAUUAACCUCUCCGCCUCUAGCUGCAGCCUCCACGAAGAAGAUUUUGUGGACUGGUGGAGCAAGUUCUACGCGUCCACUGGAGAGACAAGGAAGUGUGGGACGUAUCUGGAACGAGGCUUGGACACUCUGCAGGUGUACGACAGGGAGUUGGAGAAGGUGGAGGCUUUUGAAGGUCUUUCCGAUUUCUGUCGUACCUUCAAGCUGCAACGAGGAAAGACGCAGGAGGAAGGAGAAGAUCCGUCAGUGGUGGGAGAGUUCAAGGGUAUGUUUAAAAUCUACGCCCUUCCGGAGGACCCCUCGGCCCCUGCUCCAUCUAGACAGUUCAGGAAGCUUCCUCCUAACGGUGUGGAGGAGUGUUUGGUUCGCGUCUACAUUGUUCAGGCUCGAGGACUGCAGCCCAAAGACGCGAAUGGAAAGUGCGACCCCUAUUUGAGGAUCUCACUUGGGAAGAAGACCAUCAAUGACCAUGAAAACUAUGUCCCCUGCACGCUGGAGCCUGUCUUUGGAAAGAUGUUCGAGCUGAGCUGUUCCCUCCCCCAGGACAAGGACCUGCGGGUGAUGCUGUACGACCACGAUUUGCUCACCAAGGACGAGAAGAUUGGCGAGACAGUCAUUGACCUGGAGAACCGCUUCCUGUCCAAAUAUGGAGCGGGCUGCGGUCUGCCUAUGUCCUACUGCCUCUCGGGCGUCAACCAGUGGCGGGACCAGCUCACUCCCAGGCAGCUGCUGUCCAGAGUGUGUGAGCGCAGGAACCUGCGCAAGCCUGUCUACCGCAAAGACACGGUCCACUUCAGAGGGGUGCAGUAUGGCAUCGCUGACCUCGAGGACGGAUACGUGUCCAAACGUCAUCUGGGCCCCGUUGAGGAGCGUCUGUCGCUCCACAUAUUGAGGGAAAUGGCUCUGGUUCCAGAACACGUGGAGACCCGAGCGCUGUACAGCCCGCUGCAACCCGACAUUGAGCAGGGACGUCUCAUGAUGUGGGUGGACCUGUUCCCCAAGUCUCUGGGACCACCUGGACCGCCCUUCAACAUCACACCGCGCCAAGCCAAGAAGUUCUUGCUGCGUUGCAUCAUCUGGAACACCAGCGAUGUCAUCCUGGACGAUGUCAGCAUCAGCGGGGAGAAGAUGAGCGACAUCUAUGUGAAAGGCUGGCUUGACGGACACGAGCACAACAAGCAGAAGACAGAUGUCCACUACCGUUCACUGGAUGGAGAAGCAAACUUCAACUACAGAUUCGUCUUUCCUUUUCUCUACUUGCCAGCAGAGCAGUUGUGUGUGGUUGACAGGAAGGAACAUUUCUGGAGUUUGGACAAAGCCGAAACUAAACUGACCCCCAAACUGACCAUCCAAGUGUGGGACAAUGACAAGUUUUCCUUCGACGACUAUCUUGGUCACCUGGUGAUGGACCUCAACUACAUGAUGCGUCCGGCCAAGUCGGCUGAGAAGUGCGACCUGCGUCUGCUGGAGCAGCCAGCCGAGCAGCUGGUGUCUCUGUUUGAGCAGAAGACUGUCAAAGGAUGGUGGCCCUGCAGACGCGAGCACGACGGAGGCCAACUAUUAGCUGGCAAGGUGGAGAUGUCUCUGGAGAUUGUGACAGAACAAGAACACGAGGAGAGACCUGCUGGUCUGGGCCGAGAUGAGCCCAACGUAAACCCACACCUGGAAGAGCCUCUGCGUCCAGAGACCUCCUUCUUGUGGUUCUCGUCCCCCUACAAGACGCUCAGGUUCAUCUUGUGGAGACGCUUCAAGUGCUUCAUUGUCCUAUUCAUCAUCCUCUUUCUCGUCGUUCUCUUCCUUGGUGUCUUCCUCUACUCCUUCCCGAACUACGCUGCCAUGAGGAUGGUGGGCCCGUUUGGACCAGCACGGGCUGCAGAGUGACCUCAGAGAGCAUCUGCAUCUUCUGUGAAUGUAUUCCGUCAGAGCUUUAUGUCGUUUGUGCUUAAUUAAAGCCUCACAAGCCUUUACCCUAACAUGUUUGGGUCAUAGUCGUGUCUCUAGUGUCACUCUUCUUGUUCCUGUCAUGUGUUUAUGCAGCGAGGACAGGGGACAAAGAGCUGUGAGCAGUUCAAGUUAACAUGUCGAAGCUUUCAUUGAAAAAACAAAAAUCACUGCUUAUUCUCCUUGAAUGUCACAUGCUUCAUUUCCUCGUCCUCCUGCCAUCCUCCUCUUCGUCCUCAUCACCAACAAAGGUCCAUCGCUGGAAAACUCUGACUCUCUUCAUCGGCCUCUCUAAAGUGGACCCGAGUGGAAAAGUUGACGUAGUGGUCCCGGCGGCGCUUGUAAACAAAAGUCACAUUGAGCGCUGGAAAGACUUUAGCGAGCGUCUCGUCCUGCCAGGUCCAACCAGUUUGUAACCGCGGAGACCAACGUUUCACCAAAGCGUCUGACCUGCCGCUCGGUUCUGGCCUUGUGCGACUGCUUGUUGUCUGUCUCGUUUAUCUGAAUGUCUCCAUGGCGACAC